CAGUUGAAACACGCGCGCCGACGGGAGCUGACGCGCCGGGCCGCGCCGCCAACUACGAACAAUAUUCCGAUACCACCGCGCCAAUGUCAGAUCCGCUUAUCUAGGUCGAUGAACAAUAACACGGGGGUGAACAAUUACAAUACAAAAACAUUAAAACGUGACGUCAUCUCACAUCAAUUGUUAGACACGCAGUGAUCGGAUAAAGUUUAUGAACGUUUUCCGAAAGCGUUAAUGGAUAGUAAUGUUUUUCUGAUAUUUGGAAUGACUAAAAUAACAGGUGGCGGCGGCGGCGGGUGGCGGGUGACGGCGCUGGCGCGGCAGCGGAGCGCGGUCACGAGAUGAGCGUGGCGGGCGCGCCGCCGCCGUCCGCCGCCGAGGCGCUGUCCGCACUGCUGUGGCAGCCCUACGAGUGCCGCUCGCCGCCCCUCGCGCGCUCGCGCACCGACACCGCGCUGCACCGCGCGGGGGGCGACCAGUCGCCAACCGGCGGUCGACAUGCGCGCGCGUCAACCCGCGCCUACACCGAUAUGCGGCUGCCCGUGCCCGCGCCCGGCCUGCGCAAGUCGGACUCGGUCUCGGUGCGCGUCCCGGGCGAGCCGAGCCGACCGAACGUGUCCAGUGUCAACGUGAACAUAGUGGAGGUGCAGGAUGCGCCCGUGAAUGUGAACAGUGCGGUGCAGACGGAGAGGGAGCGGAGUGUGGCGAGUGCCGAGUGCCAGACGGAGGAGCCGGCGCGGCGGCGGCGCGUGCGGCGAGCGCGGGCGCCACGGCCGCCGGAGCUGGAGAACGUGCCGCCGCCGCCGUACAGCACGCUGCCGCCGCCGCCGCUGCCGCACGCGGUGCCGGUGCAUCCGCCCGCGCCGCUGCUGGCCGCGCACCCGCCCGUGCACCCGCCGGUGCACCCGCCCGUGCAUCCGCCUGCACAUCGCUUCCCUUUCCAGCCGAUUCCUCUCAGAUCAGGCAGAGGCGCGGCAUACGCCUGUUCGGAGGGUGAAGGGAAUGCACCCAAGUCAUGCUGCGGCCGGCCCCCGCUGCGGCUGUGCGUGCUGUUCCUAGGAGUGGUGGGCGCCUGUCUGGUCGCCGCGGGGGCCGUACUCGGUGCCCUCAGGCCCCACCCGAGAGCCCCGCUCACAUUACUCCUACUCAUGAUAGGUAUAGGAGUAGUGUUAGUAACGGCAGCGGGCCUCGCGUGGCGUCUGGGCGCGCGAGACGCCCCCUGCGCCUUACUGGGGCUGCGGCGUGCCUCGUGUCGGCGACUCGUGCCUCGGCUGCCUCCGAGCUACGCGCGCCCGCAUCACCCCUACGCGGCCAUGCUCUACCCAGAGUUCCACUAUAGGCCACCACCCCCCACCUACCAGGCCUCCAUGCAAGAGUAUAGACUCAGUAACGAGGUCUGGUGUCCUAGAAGGCAAAAUAGAAGAAACGUUGAUGGCAGUCCAGGUUCUGCUUUAACUCCAGUAAGCUGUCAGGCUUCAAUGCAAGAAUAUAGAUUUAGGUUACUUCUGUUAGACAGAAGUGCGCCAGCCGUGUCGCCGCCCCCGACCUACAGAUCAAAUUCAGCCAGUCUAGUCAGCAGAGGAUCAACAGGCGCAGCAUGGUGCGGCUCCGAGUACAGCGGGCCGCCGUCAUACCGCGCCCCCCGCGCAGACCCCCCCGUCACCGUCACGGAUAACCUGCCCACCAUCACGCCCAUAGACCUCAAAUACGUCGACAACACUAUCGAAGCUUUACCCAAACCUGAACAGGAGAAAGACCCAGACGAGCAUCUCGUCACCAUAGUGCACACAGACUCGCAACCCGUCAUUGUGACCGUGUCGGGGUCCCCCGCACUCAAUGACACGCACACACAGCCACCUUCAGAGAUCGACAUACUAGCACACUUAUAACGCAUCAAGCAUUAGCACAAUACACGAACUUAAUGUACUAGUUGGAAAUAAACUAGACACAAACCUGAUCGGUAUGCGGCUCCACGGAGGCUCCUGAUUGGAGUUUGUAUGCAAGCGCGCCGAAGCCUUGUGAUUGUAGCAACGAUUGACGUGAACGAUGUACUAGUGUACAGAAAAGUAAGCGAAAAGUGAUUUAAAAUAGAAGUGAACUCGUUAAUUAUUAUAAAAAUAAUUAGCAAAUGAACUUUAGCGAUAAUAUUUGAGAGGCAUGGCAGUUUCGUUUUGAAUGGCAGUAAAAGAACUCUUAUUUAAAAUUACAUUCACGUCUAGAUAAACUAGAUAAUGAAAAGUAGACGAUUUCAACUUUAAUAUUUUCGAGAACAUAAGCAUAAAAGUUUUAGUGCUCGUUCAAAACAAAAUUGUACUUUUAUGUUUGUGGAUAAUUCUGUUUUAAAAUAUAAUGGUUUGAAGUACCUUAUUUUAUUAUAAUAAGCAUUAUGUAAAUAUUUAAAAGCACUGACGUAUUUUUCGUUUGAAUAGUGUUGUUAUAUUUAACAAAAUAUGUGCCGUGUAUAUACAAUUGAUACAAAUUAUAUUAGGAUUAAAUAUGAAUACAUAAGUAGUUGAUGCAACGAUCGAUUUAUUAUUGAAACCAAAUCCUUCACCGAGAUGUACAACUGAAGAACUUGUUAUUCAUGUAGUGCCAAUGGUUGUUUAUUAGUUUCUUUUUGUAAAUAAAUGCUAAUAAACUUUUCUAUUAUUUUGCUUGACUACUAACAUAUUUAAAACAUGAGGCAGAUGAUUGUUACUUUCCGCUUCCGUCUAUAGUUAAAUAUCUAUGAUAACUUGUUGAAUGUCACAAGUAUAUUUAAUGGCGGUAACUCUAUUUCUCUUGGUAUACAUGAAAUGUUCUCAAAAACAAAUCAGUGCUAUUGUCUGCGUCUGAGUAAACUGUAAACAAAAACAUUUCUGUUCCCGCAACAUUUACCUAUACUUUUUU